UACACUUUGUUUGUGUCGCUCUCUCACCUCUCUCCUCCUAUACAGGGAAGUCAUCCAAUGCAUCAGCCAACAGCUCAUCCGGCACCCGCUCUUACUUUCCCCCUGCAUCAGUUCCUCACUUCUCUCUGCUCCUCUGCUGACUGACACUUGUGCUACAGCUGCCGCCUCUCUCUCUCUUUUUCCUUCCUUCCUCUCUUUCACCCAAGUCCUCAUCUUCAAGUCACCAUGGUCAACAGAUAACCGCCCGGCCGUCCUGAGACCAUGGGUACCUGCCUUUGCAAAGGUCACAAAGAGCUCCACCAUCCCAUGACAGUACUGCAGGAACAGACUGAGGAGGGUCAGCCAUCCUCUGUCAAGGAUGGCCAGACUCCCUCCAACGGCAAUGUGGCAGACAAAACCAACCGCUACGACAUUGGCGAGCUGGCCACCUCCUCUCUGAUUGGUCUGGUGGCCACGAUAAAGGAGCACAUCACCAAGCCAACAGCAAUGGCCCAGGGGCGAGUUGCUCACCUGAUUGAAUGGAAGGGUUGGGGAGGAGGUGGCGAGGCCAGAGGAGGUGGGGGCAGUUGGAGUAAAGGAGGUGGAGGCUGGGGGGGGAUGGGGGCCGAGCUGCAGGAGGAUGAACAAUUUUACUCCCAAAUGACGGAUGAGAUUAAGGAAGCUCGCUUCGCUGCAGGCGUAGCAGAGCAGUUUGCCCUGGCUGAGGCAGCCAUGAAUGUGUGGUCCAUGAACGACAACUUAGAGCAGCCUUCCACCAGCUUGCAAGCACAAAGCCACUUCCUGUCUCAGUUCCUGCUGGAUGGUGGAAGCGUCGGAGUUCCCCAGCACCUGUACAGUAUCCACGCCCAGACAUAUGGUGACAGCAGGGUGACCAGCCUGGUCCUCCCACCACCUGCGGACUCCAUUUCCCAGACAUCCAAUGCUCAGCUGCAAAGAGAUCGUCCCUUUGAGGACAGAAACACUGUGACUACAGAGGCUGCUGUCCGACAUGUAGACAGCAGCUCGCUAUCCGAGGAUGAUGUUUUUUAUAACUAGGCUUAAUGGAAAAAACAAGCCAACAAUCUUGAUGGCAAUCUCUAAGAAGAGCCUGAGUGAGAAGACUCGGGUCUCAACGACCAACAAAGACUGACACAGACAAUCUGCGAGAUAUCUCAAGAGGCAAUUCCUCAAAUGGCUUGUCUGGAAAGUUUGAACAGCCUGGUCUUCAGAUACAAAGACUGGCAGACUCCAAGUUGCAUUUUCUCCUUGGUUACGGCAUAUACUUUUAUGAAUGUACAUAGUUCCACAUUGCAUUUUAAUUUUUUAUUCAAUGUACAUCAAACACUUUCAUAUUAUAUGUAGAACUUAACUGUGAAGGGUCAAACAAUUCUGGUGCAAAUAUCUUGGUAUAAAAUAUUGAUUUUCUUAUAUGCUGUACAAGGUUGUCCAAUUCUGUUUUUGAUCCUUUUUUAUUUUAUAUU